AGAAACAAAACAAAAACAAAACGAUAAAACAAAAAGACAAAGAUGAAUGAAACAUUGAAAAACAUAGAAACACAACUCUAAAAUCUUAUUCUUCUUCUUCUUCUUCACUUCUUCACUUCAUUUUUCUUCCUUCUAAUUCUCAAAUAUCAAAUUCUCAACACUUUCCUUAAUUGUUAUUAAUUUCCUCAUUAAUUAUCAUUAAUUGCAAUUGUUAUUGUAAUUGUGAUUUUUAAUUGCAAUUGCUGUUGUUAUAAUCAACAUUUUCCUAUUCUAUUGAAUUCGGAGGCAAUUUUUGAGAUCUACAAAACGGUGCGUUUUGAAUUAGGUAGUGGAAAAUUGAGCUAUCAGUUUGGAUCCGAUCAGGGAAGUAACAGCGCCAUUGGAUGGCGCUGUUCCGAAGAUUCUUUUACCGGAAGCCACCGGAUCGUCUUCUUGAGAUCUCUGAGAGAGUUUAUGUUUUUGAUUGCUGCUUCUCUACGGAUGUCUUGGAAGAAGACGACUACAAAGUGUAUAUGGGGGGCAUUGUAACUCAGCUACAAGAUUACUUUCCAGAUGCUUCAUUCAUGGUAUUCAAUUUCAGAGAAGGGGAUAGGCGCACCCAAAUUUCAGACAUUUUAUCUCUGUGUGACAUGACAGUUAUGGAGUACCCUCGGCAAUACGAGGGCUGUCCACUUCUGCCUUUAGAGAUGAUUCAUCACUUCCUUCGAUCAAGUGAAAGUUGGCUGUCUUUGGAGGGGCAACAAAAUGUGCUUUUGAUGCACUGUGAAAGAGGGGGUUGGCCCGUGCUGGCGUUUAUGCUAGCCGGUCUUUUAUUGUACCGAAAACAAUACAGUGGCGAGCUGAAGACUCUUGAAAUGGUCUACAAGCAAGCGCCAAGAGAACUUCUCCAUCUUUUAUCUCCUUUGAACCCACAACCUUCUCAGUUAAGAUAUCUUCAGUAUAUUUCCAGGAGACAUUUGGGUUCUGAGUGGCCUCCAUCAGAAACUCCCUUAUAUUUGGAUUGUUUAAUUCUUCAAGUUCUUCCAUUAUUUGAUGGUGGAAAAGGUUGCAGGCCUGUUGUACGUGUUUAUGGUCCGGACCCUUCAAAUCCUGCCAAUAGAAGUUCUCAGCUUCUUUUCUCAACUUCAAAAACCCAAAAGCACGUUCGCCACUACCUGCAGGCAGAAUGUAUGCUCGUGAAAAUUGAUAUUCCUUGUCGUGUUCAAGGGGAUGUCGUUCUUGAGUGCAUACAUUUAAGCGAAGAUUUGGUUCGUGAGGAGAUGAUGUUUAGAGUCAUGUUUCAUACUGCAUUUGUACGGUCAAAUAGUUUGGUGCUGGGCCGUGAUGAAAUAGAUAUUUUGUGGGAUACAAAGGAUCAGUUCUCCAAGAAUUUUAAAUCUGAGGUGCUUUUCUUGGAUGCUGAUGCUGUUAUACCUAAUCUACCCGCAGUCAAGGUGAGUAGAGAUGAAAAUGAGACAGAAAGCGGUUCACCUGAUGAAUUCUAUGAAGUGGAAGAUUUCUUCAUCAAUGUCAAUGAUGGACCGGAUUCUCCAGUUGUUCGUGAUGAUGCAGUAGAUAGUGGAAACCAUAAAGAUGUCUGGAAAGAAUAUUCAGAUCCUCCUGCUUCUCAGGAUUCUUCUACGCCAGAUGAUGGGAUUCACCAACAGAUUGGCAGGACAGAUUCUGGUAUUAAUGAGGUGAAAGAUAUUACCGUUGAUGAUGUGAAAUACAAGCUCGAAGAGCGUGUAGAUUCAGAUACUCAUGCAGUGAAAGAUAUUGCUGUGGAUGAUGGAAACAAUAAGUCAACUUCCACUGCAGUCACUUUUGAUAUGAUGGAAACUCUGGAUACACAGGAAGUCACUUUGGAUGCAAAUGAUGAGUUGGCAGUUAUGCAAAACAAUUAUGACGACGACAACAACGCAACACUAAAAGAAUUAGAACCUGAGGAUGGACAGCAGAAACACGAUCUUGCCAGAUCAAUAUCUGCUGAAGAAAAACAACUUCCUUUAAACUCAAAUCCAGUGGGAGAUGUAGUUGCAGAAAAGGAGAAGACUGAGCAGCAAGAACCACAGGGAUUUCAUGCAAAGCAAGCAAAGGAAAAUGAAACAACUAGGGGGAUACCUUCUACCAAAGGUUCUUAUAAUGAAUCAAUGCAUGUUUUAUAUCCACCAACAAGGCACAGUACUUCACCUACUGCUCUGUCAAAUGAUACCUCUCCAAGGGGGAAAAUGACUAAUGCCAAAGGAAGACUUGGUUCUAGUUUUCAUGUCAACGAAGCGGUUGAUUCUAUGGAAACGACAAAUGACCUGAAAAGUUGUAACAGGGACAAUUCAGAAUCUUCAGAAAGCAUCGGGGAAAUAGACUCAAAAGCCCAACUAUCAUCAUUAAUGCCAAUUACAGAGUCAUGUCAUCAGUCAACUACUCCAGCAUCACAGUUUAGCACUGAUCAAGUGCUACAACCUCACCCUCCUCCUCCCCCUCCGCCCCCACCUCGACGGAUAUCUCCAUCUUCUUCCCUGGAUGGUAAAGUGUCUACGAUACCACAACCUCCGCCACAACCACCUCCACCACCACCACAUGCUUUGCCAAUUUUUUAUAAGAAAAAUGUAGAAAUGGACUUGCAAGCUGCAACUCCUCCAACCCCUCCACCACCACCUCCGCCUCCAUUUUCUGGGCAAAAUAGAGGGGGGUCAUUUCCUCUUUCUAGUCCUUGGAUGCCCAUAUUUUCAUCAAUUGCUGUAGUUGCAAAAAAUAGUGGAACUUUACCUCCUUCAACUCCUAUAGUAGGAAGUGAAAUUGCAUCAGAAGUUUCUAAAUUAGUUGGUGCAGUGUCCCUUUCCUAUCCUUCUCCACCACCACCACCACCACCACCUCUACCCCCAAAAUAUGCAGUUAAAUCCAUUCCUCCUCCACCACCACCACCUCUACCCCCAAAAUAUGCAGUUAAAUCCAUUCCUCCUCCACCACCUCCCCCGCCUCCUUUGUCUUAUAUGGAUAGAGCUCCUCUCGUUCCUCCUUCAACACCAACAUCACUUCACACUCCACCACCAUUGCCUCAUCCUGUUGUAUAUACAGAUUCAACAUCUCCACCUUCAUCUUCUUUUACUAGAGCCCCACCACCACCACCUCCACUUCCACUGUCUUUAUGUAUAGUUCCAUCACCUCCACCUCCUAUUAGUAUAUCUCCACCGCCUCCACCAAGACCUCCACCAUCACCACCACCUCUUCCUCCAUCAAGUGGAGAACCUCGACCACCAUCACCUCAUCCUAUGUCUAAGGCCCAACCCCCACCUCCACCCCCACCCCCACCUCUUCCUCUAUCAACUGGAGCACCUCCACCGCCACCUCCUCCUUCAUUGUCUAAAGCCCCACCAUCCCCACCUCCAGCAUUCUACGAAACUCCAUUACCACCACCUCUUACUGCAUCAAGUCAAGCUCCUCCUCCUCCUCCGACACCACCACCACCACCACCUCCUUCAGUGUCUUCGACCCCACCACACCCACCUCCACCCCCACCCCCACCCCCACCACCAUAUCUUUCGUCAUCAAUUGGAGCAGCUCAACCACCAUCACCACUACCACCUCCUUCAUCAUUCUACGAAACUCCAUCACCACCACCACUUCCAGCAUCAAGUCGAGCACCUCCACCAUCACCACCUCCUUCAAUGUCUACGGCCCCACCACACCCAUCUCCACCACCACCACCACCACCACCACCUCCAUCAUUCUACAAAACUCUAUCACCACCACCUCUUCCUGCAUCAAGUCAAGCUCCUCCUCCUCCGACACCAGCACCACCUCCUUCAAUAUCUACGGCCCCACCACACCCACUUCCACCACGACCACCACCACCACCACCACCAUAUCUUCCGUCAUCAAUUGGAGCAGCUCAACCACCACCACCACCUCCACCUCCACCUCCUCCAUUCUAUGCAUCUCCACCAUCACCACAACCAUAUCUUCCUUCAUCACAUGGAGCACCUCCACGACCACCACCACCUCCUCCUUCAAUGUCUAAGGCCGCACCAGCCCCACCACCACCACCAUCAUAUCUUCCUGCGUCAAGUGGAGCAGCUCAACCACCACCACCUUCAAUGUCCAAGGUCCCACCACCUCCACCUCCACCUCCACCGUUCUAUGCAUCUUCACCCUCACCACCACCAUAUCUUCCUACAUCACAUGGAGCACCUCCACCACCUCCUCCUUCAAUGUCUAAGGCCGCACCAGCCCCACCACCACCACCACCAUCAUAUCUUCCUGCAUCAAUUGGAGCACCUCCACCACCACCACCACCUCCUUCAAUGUCUAAGGCCCCACCACCCCCACCCCCACCAUUCUAUGGAGCUCCACCACCACCACCACCAUCAUAUCUUCCUGCAUCAAGUGGAGCACUUCUACCACCACCACCACCACCUCCUCCUUCAAUGCCACCCCCACCUCCACCAUUCCAUGGAGCUCCACCGCCACCUCCACUAUAUCUUCCUGCAUCAACUGACGCACCUCCACCACCACCACCACCUCCUUCAAUGUCUAAGGCCCCACCACCCCCACCCCCACCAUUCUAUGGAGCUCCACCACCACCACCACCAUCAUAUCUUCCUGCAUCAAGUGGAGCACCUCUACCACCACCACCACCACCACCUCCUCCUUCAAUGCCACCCCCACCUCCACCAUUCCAUGGAGCUCCACCGCCACCUCCACUAUAUCUUCCUGCAUCAACUGGCGCACCUCCACCACCACCACCUCCUCCUUCAAUGUCUAAGGCACCACCCCCACCACCCCCACCCUUUUAUGGAGCUCCACCACCACCACUUGCAACGCAUGGAGCACGAGCACCACCUCCUCCUCCACCUCCGGGUAGUCAAGGCCCACCUCCUCCUCCACUUCAAGGUUUUGGAGGCCCACCUCCUCCACCUCCUCCAGGUGGUCGAGGCCCACCUCCUCCGCCACCUCCAGGUGGACAAGGCCCACCUCCUCCACCACCUCCAGGUGGUCGAGGCCUAGCUCCACCACCUCCUCCUGGAGCUCGGGCACCUGGUGCUCCUGCACCUCCAAGAGCGCCAGGUGGUGCACCUCCACCACCAGGGGCUGAUCCAAGAGGUAGAGGGCGUGGGCUUGCACGUCCUACUGGUCCAGUGACACGGCGUUCCUCCUUAAAGCCUCUUCAUUGGAGUAAGGUAACAAGGGCAUUGAAAGGAAGUUUAUGGGAAGAAUUACAAAGACAUGGAGAAUCUCAAAGUGGACAAGAGUUUGACGUUUCAGAGUUAGAGAAGCUUUUUGCUGCAAAUGUUCCGAAACCUGCUGCUUCUGGUGGUAAAUCUGGAGGGCAGAGCAAAUCUGCAGGAUCCAAAAAUGAAAAAAUCACCUUGGUUGACCUAAGGAGAGCCUAUAAUACUGAAAUUAUGCUUACAAAGGUUAAGAUGCCACUUCCUGAUAUGAUGGCGGCAGUACUGGCUUUGGAUGACUCGGUAUUAGAUUCUGAUCAGGUGGAAAAUCUUAUUAAGUUUUGUCCUACCAAAGAGGAAAUGGAUCUUUUGAAGGCAUAUACUGGUGACAAGGAGAACUUGGGAAAGUGUGAACAGUUCUUUAUGGAGCUGAUGAAAGUGCCACGAGUGGAGUCUAAAUUGAGAGUAUUCUGUUUCAAGAUUCAAUUUCUGUCUCAGAUUACAGAGUUUAAUAAAAAUUUAAAGUUAGUGAACUCUGCAUGUGAAGAGGUCCGAAAUUCACUCAAAUUAAAGGAGAUUAUGAAGAAAAUUCUUUAUUUGGGUAAUACAUUAAAUCAAGGAACAGCAAGGGGAUCUGCUGUUGGAUUCAAGUUGGAUAGCCUUUCAAAGCUCACUGAGACUCGUGCUUCUAACAGUAAAAUGACACUGAUGCAUUAUCUUUGCAAGGUUCUAGCUGAAAAGUCUCCUGCACUGCUUGAUUUUCACCGUGACCUAGUUAGCGUAGAAAAUGCCUCUAAGAUACAAUUGAAGUCAUUAGCAGAAGAAAUGCAGGCAAUUACCAAGGGACUAGAAAAAGUAAACCAGGAGCUUGCUGCAUGUGAAAAAGAUGGCCCAGUGUCUGAAGUUUUCCGUAAGACGUUGCAAGAUUUUGUUGAUGGAGCCAAGUCUCAGGUGGAAUUUGUUUCACAGCUAUUUGAAGAAGUGGGUAAAAGUGCAGAUGCACUUGCAAAUUAUUUCGGCGAGGAUCCUAAGCGUGUUCCAUUUGAGCUAGUUACUGCAACUAUGUUAAAUUUUAUAAGGUUGUUUCUCAAAGCUCAUGAAGAAAAUAUCAAACAAGCAGAGAUGGAGAAGAAGAAAGCUGAGAAAGAGGCUGAAAUGGAGAAGAAAGCUGAGAAAGAGGCUGGAAUGGAGAAGGGUAAAGGAAGUAAGUUGAGAAGGAAGAGUGAAAAAGAUAACAAAGAAGAAAGCUGAGGAAGAGGCUGAAAUGGAGAAGGAUAAGGACAUUGACUUGACAAGGAAGAGUGCAGAAGAGAUAAUUGAAGAUCGUGUUUGUUCACUCCUUUGCACUGACAUCAUUCUCAGCCGAAGAGCAGAGAUCCACUCGCGUGUAAUACGUGGACUGCUUUUGAGAUUGAAGUAAACUCCCUUUCCAAGAUGAUGCUGUGAUAAUUAGCCUCUUGAGGUCAUUUAAUGCGGCAGGAUUGGGAAUUCUUGCUACAGGCUGAUCUUUGUACAUAAAAAGGCUUAGGAGAUGAUUCUUUGAUGGCAUGUUGCGGAAAAAAUCACAGCAAAAUAUUCUGGAAUGGACAAAUUUAGACCCAGCAUGGAUGCCUACUGAGAAUGCUUGAGAAUCUAUCUGCAUCUAAUGCUUGCUAUGAAGAUAAUGGAUCUGAUUCUUCAAUUCAACAUGAAAUUUUGAAGCGGGACAUGUCUUCUAUUGCAAUAGAACUCGCAUUGGCGUUCAUCAUUCAUUGGCAUAUUUUUCCAGCUCCCGAGCACAUGUUUUUCGAUUGUAAAGCACCGGAGUCCGACAGUAGUACCAUCUAACCUUGUACAAAGUUCUAACCCUCUUCUUUUAGGAUCCAAUUCUUUCUCAUGUAACAUAUAAAUUAGUUUCUCUUUUUCUUUAUUAAUAGAGAUUUUUGUAGGAUUAGCCCCCAAACAGGUUUUGUAUAGUUAUCAGGUUGAGAAAAGAAUUAGGAAUCAGGUCUCUUUAGUGGUGUAGCUUAUAGGUGAACAACAACAGGUUGAGAUAGAAAUCCUAGCUUACAUUUAUCUUUAAAAUGCAAUACACGAUGGUGAAGUGUAAAAGCUUCUUGUUUCAUUCACUUUUGCCAAAUCUAGCAAAUGAAAUUUAGCACACUGGACUCUUUACACACA